AUGAAUGUUCAAUAUCAGCAAGACUAUGUUCCAAAUACAUUAAAUUCAAUGAAUAUGGAUCGAUGUUCGUAUUUGCCAUGCUUUCCUUUUGUCAGAUCCACGAACAAUGCGACCCGUUCACUUUUAUUAGCCAAUGUACCAAUAGUAUCAUUAAGUAUUCAAGAUUUAUAUCGUCGCUAUGCUUUAAAUCAAGAUGGUCCAUUUAUUUCAUCGGUCAUGGCUCAUGAAAUACAUUCAUACUUUUAUAAUUUAAGUGAAAAUUAUUUUCAACAAUUUAAAGAACGAUUAAAAGUCAAUGUGGCCAUCUUGGAUUUUAAUCUUUAUCGUUUCCAAAAAAUUCUAGAGCGAUAUCAAUCUUUACAACAUCUAUUUGAUUCGUAUUUAACUUUAGUGAAUAGAAACAAUGAAAAUUAUGAAGUGAAAAAUUUAGAUUUUCAUGAAUUACGAAUAGGUUUAGAAUUUUUCCUUCAAAUCGAUGUUGAUGUUUUCUAUAUGAAAACAUGUAUGUUUCGUGGUGCUAUGCCACAAUCAUUCGACGAAGGAUUAUUUUGCAAAGCAGACUAUCCAUUGAUACGUUAUAGUUUUCUACCCUGUUGCCAACCACAAUGUCCUUUAUGUCAAAGAUCAAAUGUAAUUGCAUCAUCAUCAUCAUCAUCAUCAUCAUCAUCAUCAAAUACAGCACCUACUUCAUAUGUUGUCGAAUUUAAUACUUAUCAUUCACAUCGCUUUCAAAAUGGAUAUACAACUAUAUUAAAUUGUCCAGCUACUUGUCAAACAAAAAAUAUUAUUUAUACAGUAACAUGUUGCUGUGGUAACUAUGAAUAUAUUGGAUCAACAUCAUCAAAUCUCUCUGAAACAAUUGAAUCUAUUCGAGAAACAAGCAAUCGUUUCAUUUCUGAAACUUUAUUAUGUGCAUCAUCAUCAUCAUCAAUACAUGACAUCAUAGUAAACAACAAUCAAGAUGAUUUUGUUUCGCUAGAUGUAAAUGAAAAAUUUCGUUUGUAUCAACAUUUCAUCCAUUGUCCUCAAGCUAUUCAAUUAUUUCUCCAUCAGAAUCUACAAUAUCAUGCCAUUAUUCCAAUAAUUAUAGAACAAGCAUUGAUCAAUGAUCGAAAUUAUUCUACUGAAACUACAAUACAAUUGGACAAUAGUAUGGAAAUAUGGUUUCAACAUUUACCAAUACCACCAAAUGGUUAUCGCUUUUGUAAACGUCAACAUCAGCAACAAUAUAAAUUUUUCAAAUCUCUCGAAAAAAAGAUCGAGACCAAUCAAAAACUAUACACACCCGUAGAUAUCUAUCACGUAUCUAUCAUUGCUGUUUUACCUGAGCAAUGUUCAACAUUAUUACGGCAAGUGAUUGCAUGUCUAUUUAGUACACAUGCUGAAACUAAAUUGAAUCGAUUUAAUUUAUGUAUGAUGAAUAUAGAACAUCGUUUUGGACCACCGCAUCAUUCCCUAUGGUGUCAAAAUAUUGUCCGACCAACAGAUGAACAAAUUGAAAACAGCAUCCGUACUGUUGUCUGUCAAUAA